GGUAAUAAUGAUGAUCAGUAAUCAGAAAUGACGGCCGAAAAGCGCUUGAGUCUACGUACCGCGACUCACACCGCUUAUGAAAACCACAGUGGCCAUGAUGAACAAAUUCGAGAAAUAGAGCAGUAUGAGCACAGCGAGAGAGAAAUCGUCGAUGAUAGUCAAUCGUUAGAGCUCGUUCAAGCUACCUCUCAAAUAGGGGGCAUCGAGUUCUUCAACAAAGACCCAUGAAGAACAGGUCCCUCUUUGAAUCCCUGCAUUGCGCCACAUAUGGAGUGACACGUGCUGAUGUUGGAAGAAACAGAAACCAACUGCAUAUUUAAGUCCCGUACUAUUGAAAUAUUCAGUAAGAUUUAUAAUCGAAUACUCGUAGAUAAAGAAGGGCCUCAAACAUCACGAUCAGAGGAUGCGAUCUGCAAUUAUCUACCAUGGAUUCUCUGUCGAAGCUUCAGUCUAUGAUAACCCAGUUCUGGCCGCCCCGCCCCGAAUUCACGGAUGCCAACAUCCCCGCGGGUUCCCAGGCCGGGCGAGUCUUCAUAGUGACGGGAGGCAAUGCGGGAAUAGGCUACGAGCUAUGUAAAAUUCUAUUCGGUACUGGCGCAACGGUAUACAUGGCCACUCGAUCCGAGGUAUAGUCGUUCGAGUCGCACUUAAUAGUGCUAGGUCAGAUGGACCAACUAACCCUCCUCACAGGAGCGAGCCGAAGCAUCCAUCAAAUCAAUCAAAGCCUCAUACCCAGAAGCCAGCAGCACAACCGGCAAGCUCAAACCAAACUCGACGUCCUCUGGAACAACGCGGGCAUCGGCCCCAACGCCAACCCUCCCAAGACGCGCACAGCGCAAGAUCUAGAGCUAUUCAUGGGCGUCCACUGCGUCGGCGCGCUUCUCUUCGCGGAGCUCCUCCAACCUCAACUCAAAGCCGCGACGUCCCCUGAACAUCCCUCCCGCGUCAUCUGGCUGACGAGUGUAUUGAUCGACUUCUCGGCGCCGAAGAACGGUAUCGACUUCGAUAUCCUGGAGACCGGCGUUCGCGACCAGAUCGUGAAUUACUCGACCUCGAAGGCGGGGGUGUGGGUUUUGGGACGAGAGUACGGGCGUAGACAUGCUGAGGACGGGAUCCUUAGCGUGAUCGCGAACCCCGGGAAUUUGGACGCUGGGGCGUUUAAGGGGACGUCGCGGUUUGCGAUGUUCAUGAUGCGGAUAUUGUGGUUGCAGAAACCGGUUUUUGGGGCGUACACGGAGCUGUUUGCGGGGCUGUCUCCUGAGGUUACUAAUGGGAGGUAUGUUUUCCCGUGGGGAAGAUCAGUUCCGGAUAGUAGUGUUGUGCGUCAGGAUGUGUUGAAGGCGGGUGAGACGGAGGAGUUGGGCGGGCUUGGGUAUGGUAAGAAGUUGUGGGAGUGGUGUGAGACUAAAUGGAAGUUGGCGGAGUAGCUUUGGGGGCAACAAAGAAAGCAUCCGCGACCAUUCGUUAAGUUAAUACAUAAUGUUCCUUGUCGUCAUACCAGCGAUAGAUCAAUAGUUCUUUGUGGCUCUUCCAGGUUCGCAUAUGGGUGACCCGAUAAGACAACGGUCUCUUUUGCUCCAUCUGUCUCAUUUCAUGUUUCUUAAAUACUCCAGCCUAGAUUAAUCUCAAAAUCAGCCAUCUAGUCAAAAUCAAGAAAUCAUUAUAGCUAAAUCGCAUCUCGAUAAUGGUUUUUAGCCCAAGGCAACUGCCUAAACG